GCGUGGAAUACUCCACAAAGCAAUAGAUUGUUUACGCGAUGUGUACAACCGUUGCCAAGAUAACACCACAGUCAAGGCCGAACUCGACAUGCUCUACAGUGUGCCUGACUGGCAAGCGGGGCAAGCCCUGCUGUGCCAGGACCUCAACCGUAAGUUAGUGUUCAAGGAUCAUUUUGACUGUGUGUCCAAAUUUGGCCCUCGCAUCUCCACAUGCAUCCUGAUCCGCACACAGAUGUUCCGUAAAGCCAUCACUGACGCUGGAAUCGCUCCAUCCCGAACUCUUCAUGAUAUCACAUGCAAUUUUGCAGAAAACAUUGUCAACUGCCUAGAGCGACCUUUGGCACGAGCAUGUCCAGUUCACGUUGUGGACACAAUGGUGACCGCCCUCCACCGCUUCCUACCCCCAGCCUGUGCACCAGUGCCUGCAGUCAGAAAAUUAAGCGAUGGCAACGGUGAUGCACAUGCUGAGAGGGAAGCCUUUGUCUUUGAGACAGUCAUUGUGGAGGGGGGUGAGGGAGAAAACUAAAGGGCCCAAAGGUUGGGGAUAAUAACAAAGUACAAACUGAAAAAAAGAGGGCUCAUUCAAAAGGAAACAUUAAAGUGACUACGGAUAGAAAAAGGAAA